AUGGCUGUCCAUCAUAAACAAGACACAAUUGUCUUGGUCAUAGAUUUCCACCAUGCACGCGGCCCCGAAAUUGAGCAUUGCAUUGCCGAAGAAGGAAACGACCCAGCAACCGAGAAUGACUGGUCUCUGCUCCCAUUCAUGGCCCUAUCCGACGGAGCACAUCUAUCGACCGAGGAAUUCUCAUAUUUCACACUCUGCCGAAAGGCCACCUCUACUGCGCCUGAAACUUCCCUGUUCGGCAUCGCCUGUUCUCGCCAGAUCGACUCGAGUCUGCUUAUCAACCCGUCGCCCGAUGUGACUCGGUCAACGGUACAAAAGGCCGUUGUAGUCGUGACAGAUACUCCGCAGCGAGUAGGUCAUUUGCGUGAGAAGCUCUCCGUGGUGACUUCGGCUUGGUUCGCGCAACGUGACUUCUCGGAUGUUGAUAUCUUGAAGAAAUUCCGCGAGGGCUUGGUGAUUUCUCUGUUGAAUGAUGGCCCCAAAGACCAGAACUUGGGUAAGGAUAUCAUCCUUUCCGAUAUGCGUGAAGCUUCGCUAAUUUAUGAAGGCCUCUCGCUACGGGAGAUGAUUCACGAAUUCAAAUUUCAGACUUUGGUUCUUUUUAAGGCACUACUGUUGCAACCCAAGAUGCUUUUCUUCGGGACACGCUGUGAACGCCUAUGCAUGAUUCAGUUCUCGCUUAUUUCUUUAAUACCCGGCCUUAUCAACAGCUUGCAGGACUGCGCGGAUCCUGCUUUUGACACCUACUCUCAGACUGUUGAGAAACCAACAUCUCUCAAGACGAGUGACAGAAGUUCUUUGUUGGCAUACAUGGGGCUUCCAUUGCAGAUUUUCGGAAAGGGAAGCAUGUUUGGCCCCUAUACACCCCUCCAGCUGCUGGAUCUGCUGGCAGAUGAUGGCACGAAAUCUUAUGUGGUUGGCUCAACAAACUCGCUACUUCUCCAGCAAAAGGACCGGUACAGUGAUAUUCUAAUUAACCUUGACGAAGACAGUAUCGUCAUAAAUUCUCCUUCCCUCCGCAAUGCCCUAGUUCUCUCAGCGGCCGAUAGGCGCUGGAUUGACCUGCUCACACAAAUUGUCAAUGACACUUGGGACGAGGAACAUCCUUCACAACCCAAUACCCUUGGCUUUAUGGGCUCAGAAGAAUUCAUUCGACUACAGUUCGAAGAAUACUUGUUAGCAUUAUUAUCGUCCAUGAAAUACCACGAGGAGCUCUACCCAUCCGACGUUGGAGAAUCGGCGGCUCGCAGCAGAACCCAGCUGCAAAACCUCAACAUUGAAGGAGACCCUGCCAUCGACUUCAAUACAGAGUUCCUUACCCAGUGGAAGACCACAUAUAAUUACGCCCUGUUCUCACGUCUCACUUCGGAUGCGCUUCUAUUUUCCAUCACUGAACCACGACACCCAAGCGCUGGCGGUCUGACAAUGGAAGAUGUCCAAAGACGACUCGCACAACAGGUAGCAGACCUCCACCUCGAUGAGCGUGUCCGUGAAGGCCGCGAGGCCCUGAACCGCCACUUCUCAACCGGACAAAAAAAAGUGAGCGCGGCAUUUACCAGCUUCUGGUCCGACCUCGAGACAAUGCGCGAAGCGCAACGCAAACGCACCGAAGAGAGAGCCGCCUCCCAAUCGCAGCGUACCUCCAUCGACAAAGAAACCCCAAUAUCACCAACCCCCACUUCACCGAAUCCCUCCGAUGCCUCCUGGUUCGCAAACCGCCCAAGGGCAUCCGUCGACCUGACACAGGCUCAGGCCUCCGUGAGCGUAGCCAGCCAAAAAGCCGGCUCGUAUCUCAGCUCGUGGGGCACCUGGGCGAGCGAAAAGCGGCGCGAAUGGCAAGAAAAGCGCGUGACAUCCCCGAGCCCAAGUACCUCUCCCAAUGCCGACUUGACUUCGGCAUCCACCCCGAUCUUGUCCAUCGUUACCCAAACAGCCGAGAUGGACCGCGGCCGCCGCCGUUCCAUCUUGCGUAAUAGCGAAGGCAACGAGAGCCCCAAGGGUGGUCUGAGUCGUAGCACCAGCCGGAGAAAGAGGUGGAGUAAUAUCAUACUCAGACGCGAUAGCGGCGAGUUCCAGCGCUACGAAGACGUUCCCACAUCCGAUUCUAUCGAAACUCCCUUUCCCAAGUCUCCUCUGUCGCAGGGGUUCCCGGCUUAUGAUCCGCACAAGCAGACCGAGAACCUUAAGCAAGAUGGAAAGGAUACCGUCGAUGCAGACGGGUUCGCCCCUGUGGCUCUCACGUCGAAUGAAGGCCUGGGGUUGAGUUUCAAGACCGAGGAGACUGUUCCUCAGAUCCAGAAGGAACCCACAGCCCCGAGCGGCGUGGAGGUAGAUACGCCGCCUGAGGACUUAGCGACAGGGCUCCCUGUCAAAGAGGAGACGCAUCCGGCCCAGAGCAAAGACUCGUCUGGUACGAACUAG